AUGGCAGAUUUUCUCGAGUAUUCGUCCAUCAGUUCGGAAAUUCGUGGCGCAAUGUGUCCAGGGAAGCUGAAAAUGACCGAUACAGCGAUGGUAUUCAAAAGCGACAAAACUGGCAAGGUGGAACAGAUCAACUCGAAUGAUAUCGAGCUGCUCAACUAUCAGCGCUUCGUCGGGAGCUUUGGAUUGCGUGUGUUUCUGAAGAAUGGGUCGUUGCAUCGCUUUCUUGGCUUUACUGGCGACGAGGCAAAGAUUGCGGAGUUUGUAAAGAAAAACUACAAGCUCGAUAUGCUGGAGAAGGAACUGUCGAUGCGUGGCUGGAACUGGGGCGCUGUACAGUUUAAGGGUGCGGUACUGAGCUUCGAUGUGGAGAAUAAGACCAGCUUUGAGAUACCGCUCAACCACGUAUCGCAGUGCAACGUGGGCAAGAACGAGGUGACGGUAGAGUUCCAUCGGAACGAUGAUGCGCCGGUCAGUUUGAUGGAGAUGCGGUUCCACAUUCCAACGUCCGAGUCGGCCGAUAUCGAUCCGGUUGAAGCGUUCCAGGAAAACGUCAUGAAGCAGGCGUCCGUCAUAUCGGUGUCGGGUGAUGCGAUUGCGAUCUUCCGGGAAAUUCACUGUCUUACACCGCGUGGUCGCUACGACAUCAAGGUGUUCCAGUCGUUCUUUCAACUGCACGGUAAAACGUAUGAUUUUAAAAUUCCCACCUCGUCCGUGUUGCGACUGUUCCUGUUGCCCCACAAGGAUAACCGGCAGAUGUUCUUCGUUAUUUCGCUGGACCCACCAAUAAAACAGGGACAGACACGAUAUCAUUUCCUGGUGACGCUGUUCCAAAUGGAUGAGGAAACAAACAUCGAGCUACCGUUUACGCAGGAAGAGCUGAAGGAGAAGUACGAGGAUAAGCUAACGAAGGAACUGUCCGGACCGGUGUACGAGGUGUUGGGCAAAAUCAUGAAGGUGAUUAUAAAUCGUAAGCUAACCGGACCGGGCACCUUUAUCGGCCAUUCGGGGACGCCAGCUAUUGGCUGUUCGUUUAAAGCGGCCGCUGGCUAUCUGUACCCGCUGGAACGUGGCUUUAUAUACGUUCACAAACCGCCCGUCCACAUACGAUUCGAGGAGAUAGCGACGGUCAACUUUGCCCGCAGUGGUGGGUCGACGAGGAGUUUUGAUUUUGAGAUUGAGCUAAAAACUGGCACGGUCCAUACGUUUAGCAGCAUCGAGAAGGAGGAAUAUUCGAAGCUGUUCGAUUUCAUCGUCUCGAAGAAGCUGAACGUGAAGAACACGGGCGGAAAAGCAAGCUACAAGGACGACUUUGCCGAUUCGGACAACGAGGGCGAACCGGACGCGUAUCUGGCGCGUGUUAAGGCGGAAGCGAAGGAACGCGACGAAGAUGACGACGGAAGCGAUUCGGAGGAAUCGACCGAUGAGGACUUCAACCCGAACCAGCAGGAGUCGGACGUGGCCGAAGAGUUCGACAGCAACGUGGAAUCAUCGUCGGAGGAUUCGGACGAGGAGGACGGUAGCGGUGGGGACAGCGACGGUAGUGGAUCGGACGGUGGACGGGAGAAAAAGCGAGACAAGAAGAAGGAAAAGGUGAAAGAAAAGUCACCCAAGAAGAAGGAAAAGAAGGAGAAAAAGGAACCGAGCGCCAAGAAGUCGAAAACGAAAGAUUCGGGCGCACCGAAACGGCCAGCCAGUGCGUUUAUGAUCUGGAUGAAUGCUACCCGUGAUCAGAUACGCAAAGACAAUCCGGGCAUCUCGAUUACCGACGUCAGCCGGAAGGGUGGUGAGAUGUGGAAGGAACUAAAGGACAAGAAGGAAUGGGAGGCCAAGGCGGCAAAGGCGAAGGAAGAUUAUGCGAAAGCGAUGGCCGCGUACAAGGCGUCGGGCGGUGGUGGCGAUGCGGACGGAGGUAGUAAGGGAGAAAAGAGAAAGAAGAAACCGGCGACGCCAAAAAAAUCCGCGGAUACAUCGAUGAUGGGCGAUCGGUUUAAGAGCAAAGAGUUCAUUGAGGACGAUUCGUCCAGCGAGGAUGACCGCGAGAAAAAGGACUCCAAGAAGUCAAAGACACCGGAAUCGACCGACAAGAAAAAGAAAUCGAAGAAAUCCGACUCCGAAUCUGAGAUGUCCGAAUCGGAAGAUGACGAGGAUAUGAGCGAAGGAAGUGAUUGA